GUCAUCAAUAGCUUCAAAAUUGACCAGCUCAGCAGCAGCCACGAUUUACAGGGGAGACAGCAGCUGAUGCUAUUUAAUGACUCGUUGCGCUGUGGUAUCCUCGUUCUUGUCAUCUUUCGCCAACUCCUUUUUGUCGGUUAAAAGUCGAGUUUGCAAAAAUGAAGUUCUUUGGAAUCCUCGCGCCCUUGGGCAUGAUCGUCGCAGGUGCUGACGCUGCUUUUUGGAACCCAUUUAUUCGGAGCCCUGAUGUUUGUUAUAAUGCUGUUGCGCAGCCCAACAAUAAGCAGCGUACCUCUGACUGCAAGUCAUUUCUUCUCACUACAAUAACUCCCAAGAAGGCCACCAUUUACAAAACAACUACAAUCACCAAGAAGACCCCGACCGUCAGAAAGUCAAUCACCGUCACCAGUACCUCAUCCGCCAUCGCUACGAGCGUAAGCUCCGUCGUGCAGACCAUCACAGACAACAUCGUCGUGACACGGACCGUGGAGCAAACCAAAUUCGUGACUGAACAGGCCACGGCGACAAUCACAACCCAGGGUGCCGAUCUCAACCCGCCUUUCAAGCACAAACGCUCUGUACCUCACAUCCCAGAAUACCUCAACAGCAUAUGCACAAACUCCGCUCAGUACUCAUCGGCUUGCUCCCGCAUCGGUGUCACUGCCAAGACAGUCAACGGCCCUAGAGUAACUGUCGUAUCUAAGAUAAUUCACGUCAAGAUCCCACGCGCCAGCACCGUCAGGACAACGGUCAGCACCACCUGGGUCACUCAGACGGUAAAGACCACUGUCGUCUUGAAGACUUACAGCACCGAAGAAGUCACCAAGACUAUCGAUGUCGUCACUGACGAUGUCACUAUCGCUACCAAGACCGUCACCGAGACUACCACAAAGACCGAAACAGCCGAGCCACUCCAGACAGUUAAGUUGAUUGCAAUUGGUAGCAAUGAUCCCUCGCUCGCGACUUCAGGCUCGCUUGGCUUUUCAUCCCUUGAGUCCUCCCAAGGAACCAGUUUUUACGUGGACUUCAACUCUGAUGCCUCGACCGUUCAGCAAUAUACCGUACACAAGGGAACCGGCGAAGUGAAAGCACUCAACGGACCAGGCAGUGCAGCUGGCCAGUCUGCUUCGUACAACUUCUCACCCGGAAGUGGAAACCCCUACGGCUCUGUCAUGAUCCAGGGCAAGGGUGCGCCGCCCUUGGUUUGCAAGGUCGCAGAUGGAACGGGAUAUCAAUAUCUACAGUGCAAAUUCGGCAGCAACCAGAUCGCCGACUUUUGGACAUGUAAACAGCGUUUGUUAUUGGUCUCCCCAGGGUAUGACUUAUCCCGCUGUUAUAUGGAUGGCAAUGUUUACACGGGUUAUAAAAUUCCUAUCAUUCGAGUGUCAACCAACUAAGAUAUCAUAUGUAUUAGCUUUCACUGCUUCUUCACAGUUAGUUAGAUUGAGCCUCGAUAUAUUUCUUUGUCUAGUUUUAUGCAUAUAGACUCGGAAAGCUACGAAAAUAGCUUCAAAUACUGCAGACAUAAUUUGGC